AUGACUACAUACAUGUGGCAAGUGUGGGCCAUCUACAUGGUCCUAGCUGCAAACCUCUCUGAGGAGCAAGUGCUGAAGCAGGCUUGUCCGUCGUGUGACGCCACUCAGCUUUGCAACUGCUCUUCCAUGGGCUUGGACUUUGUGCCACAGGGGCUAACAGGCAAAAUCACAGUGUUAAACCUGGCCCACAACAGGAUAAAGCACAUCCGAUCCCAGGAUCUGCAGCAGGCUGUGAACCUGAGAGCCCUGCUGCUGCAGUCCAACAAAAUCAGCUCUAUAGACGAGGACUCAUUUCUCUCCCUUGGGAAACUGGAGCUCUUGGACUUAUCAAAUAACAGUUUGGCUCACUUGUCCCCUGUGUGGUUUGAGCACCUUUUUUCACUCCAGCACCUCCACCUUCAAGGGAAUUCCUACAGAGACCUGGGGGAAAGCUCCCCCUUCUCUAGUCUGAGGAAUCUGAGCUCUCUCUACCUGGGCAACCAAUGGUUCUCCACAAUAAGGCAAGGGAACUUUGAGGGCAUUGAGCUUCUUGACAAGUUGUGGAUUGAUAGUGGUAAUCUCAAUCAGUAUGAGCCAGGAAGUUUGAAAUCAAUUAAGAAGAUAAAUCACAUGAUCAUAAAUGUAAGUAGUAUUAACAUAUUUUCAGCAAUUGUCAGUGACCUUCUGUACUCUGUUGUGUGGUUAGAAGUGAGAAAAAUAGCAUUCAGUGUACCUGCUGAAAUGCAGCUACUGAGAGUCAUGUCUUUUUGCUUUGCAAAGAAAAUUUCUUUUAAAGAGACAUUUUUAACAGAUGAUACUAUGCCUGAGAUUGUCAGCAUUUUAGAAGACAUGCCAAAAUUAGUGGAGGUGGAGGUGAUAGACUGCAGUCUCUUAGGAACUGGACACUGGGAAAUAGAAAUUCAAGCAAACCAAUCAAAGACUCUUGGAAUUCUGACCAUAAGGAAAUUAUCUAUAGAAGAAUUUUAUUUGUUUACAGAUCUUCACACUGUGAGAAAUCUAGCAUCUCUUCUUACCAAAGUCACAGUUGAAAACACCAAGGUCUUUUUAGUACCAUGCAGCCUUUCAAAAAAUCUUCUGUCAUUAGUGUACCUUGACCUUAGUGCAAAUUUGCUUGGAGACCAGAGUUUGGAACAUUCGGCCUGUCAGGGUGGUUGGCCCUCACUACAAACUUUAAAUUUAAGUCAGAAUUCACUGAGUGACUUAGAAAUGACAGGUAAAAGUUUAUCUCAUCUAAGAAAACUAAUUCUCUUAGACGUAAGCCAAAAUAAUUUUGGUGAGAUUCCAGAUGUGUGUGAAUGGCCCAAAACCCUGAAAUAUUUAAACCUCUCCAGCACUCAAAUUCCUAGACUAACCACCUGCAUUCCCCCAACACUGGAAGUUUUGGAUGUUAGUGCUAACAACCUAAGGGAGUUUGGACUGCAGCUCCCAUUUCUCAAAGAGCUGUACCUUGCUAAAAACCAGCUGAAGACCUUACCUGGUGCCGCACCCGUUCCCAACUUAGUGGCUAUGUCAGUCAGAAGAAACAAGCUCAACAGCUUCUCCAGGGAGGAGUUUGAGUCCUUCAAGAAAAUGGAGCUGCUAGAUGCCAGCGACAACAACUUCAUCUGCUCCUGUGAAUUCCUUGCUUUCAUCCAGCAUGAGGCCAGGAUAGCCCAGGUGCUGGUGGGCUGGCCGGACAGGUACAUCUGUGACUCUCCCCUGGCUGUGAGAGGGGCAGAGGUUGGAGCUGUGCACCUCUCCCUGAUGGAGUGCCACAGAUCCCUUGUGGUGUCGCUGAUCUGUGUCCUGGUGUUCCUGGUCAUCCUCGUCCUGGUGGCCCUCAGCUACAAGUACCACGCGGUCUGGUACCUGAGAAUGACCUGGGCCUGGCUCCAAGCCAAGCGGAAGCCAAAGCGAGCCCCCCCCAAGGACAUCAGCUACGAUGCUUUUGUCUCCUACAGCGAGAACGACUCUGACUGGGUGGAAAACAUAAUGGUGCGGGAGCUGGAGCAGGCCUGCCCCCCCUUUCGGCUCUGCCUCCAUAAGCGAGACUUUGUGCCCGGCAAGUGGAUCGUGGACAACAUCAUCGACUCCAUAGAGAAGAGCCACAAAACGCUCUUUGUGCUGUCCGAGCACUUUGUGCAGAGCGAGUGGUGCAAAUACGAGCUGGACUUCUCCCACUUCCGCCUCUUUGACGAGAACAACGACGCAGCGAUUCUCGUCCUGCUGGAGCCCAUCCAGAGCAAAGCGAUUCCCAAGAGGUUCUGCAAGCUGCGGAAGAUCAUGAACACAAAGACCUACCUCGAGUGGCCUCUUGAAGAAGAGAAGCAGGAGAUGUUUUGGGAAAACUUGAGAGAAGCUCUGAAGUCCUAG